AUGGACACCGACGGGGGCGGGUGGGCGGUCUUCCAGAGACGCCGCGAUAUCACGCCGAGGCUCGACUUCUACCGCACGUGGGACGAAUACGCGCGAGGCUUCGGAGACAUUGCAAAAGGAGAGUUUUGGCUCGGGAACGAGCACAUUCACGCCCUUACGGACCAGACGACCAACGAGCUCCGAGUCGAUCUGGAGGACUUCGCUGGCGCAACUCGGUUCGCCAAGUACAGCAGCUUCUUCGUGGACGACAGAGACCAUUUCUUUACUAUGACUCUGUCUGGGUACACAGGGAACGCUGGCGACUCCUUCACUUAUCACAAUGGUCAGAAGUUCUCGGCGAAGGAUAGAGACUUGGACAGUGGUUCGGGAUUUUGCUCUUCUUCGUUGACAGGGUCAUUUAAAGGGGCAGAGCUAAUACAACCAUCACGUUCAGCCAUUGAUAUCUUAGCUCCAAUAGUAGGAAAGGACCUGAAGAAUAUCAGGGAAAAUGGGAGAUACUAUUCCGGCUGGUGGUUCGCUGCCUGUCACCGAAGCAGCCUCAACGGAGAGUACCUGGGAGGUAGCCAUUCACUCUAUGCGAGAGGUAUUGUGUGGUAUAAUUGGCAUGGGCAUUACUACUCCCUGAAGUCCACGACCCUUAUGAUUCGACCUGCCACUUAG